AGUUUUUGUUCGGCCAGCGUGAAAACAAUCGAAAUCGAGAGCGAGUGAGUUGGCCGUUCCUCGAUAAUUCCACACUCCGCGCACGGGCCACUUCUGGUGGCGGACGAAGCUGGGUUUUGGUUACUCGAUAUCGGUACUGCACCACCGUAUCGGAAUUGUUUGUUUUGCCCCGUCUCCGCGUGUCCACAACCCAACCUCCGGUUCCUCGGUCGCGCACCGUGGAAAGUGCGUACGUGUCCCAGCCGCUUGAUAAGCACCGUGGUAACGGGUUGAAGCCGUAGAGCUACGUGGGGGGCCUAGUUUCUAGUGAACCGUAGACUGUAGCCGAGAGUGAAACGAUGGCCGACGUGGUGGAGGAAGUGAUUGCCCAGGUGCAGGAGAACCUCACGGCCACGGAGACGGAAGGCGCGACGACGAAUGCCACCGGCAAGAUACCGUCCACACCGGAAGGUAUGGCGCUGGCAUAUGGCACACUGGUGGUGAUGGCCAUGCUGCCCAUCUUCUUCGGUUCCAUCCGCUCGGUGAAGCACCACAAGGAACAGAAGACGGCCUUCCAGAAGACGGGUGAAAAGCCGGACACGAUGUCGUCGCAUGAUGCGAUGAUGUUCCCGAUCAUGGCCUCCUGUGCGCUGUUCGGAUUGUACAUGUUCUUCAAGAUCUUCUCGAAGGAAAACAUCAACUUCCUGCUGACCGGAUACUUUUUCUUCCUCGGUGUGAUGGCCCUGUCGCACCUGCUGAGUCCGAUCAUUAGCUCGCUGAUACCUGCCUCGAUACCGAAGAUCCCGUACCAUCUCUCCUUUGUCCAAGGGCCACCGGAAGGGGGUGAAAAGAAGAGCAAGGAAAAGCGAUUCCUGAUCGAUUACCGGUUUACGACGCACGACAUCGUCUGCUUCAUCGUGUCACUGGUCAUUAGCGUUUGGUAUCUGCUGCAGAAGCACUGGAUCGCCAAUAACCUGCUCGGCAUCGCGUUCGCCGUGAACGGCGUGGAACUGCUGCACCUGAACAACGUUGCCACGGGUUGCAUUCUGCUGUGUGGUCUCUUUGUGUACGACAUCUUCUGGGUGUUUGGUACGAACGUCAUGGUAACGGUGGCCCGUUCCUUCGAAGCUCCGAUCAAGCUCGUCUUCCCCCAGGAUCUCAUUACGAAUGGACUGUCGGCCUCGAACUUUGCCGUGCUCGGGCUCGGCGAUAUUGUUAUCCCCGGCAUCUUCAUUGCCCUGCUGCUUCGCUUCGACAACAGCUUGAAGCGCAAGAGCAACACGUACUUCUACGCGACGUACAUUGCCUACUUCGUUGGCCUGCUGGCAACGAUCUUCGUGAUGCACGUAUUCAAGCACGCACAGCCUGCUCUGCUGUACCUGGUACCGGCCUGCCUCGGUACACCGCUGCUGCUGGCCCUGCUCAAGGGUGAUAUUAAGAAGCUUUUGGCAUAUGAAGAUCAUCCGGAAGAAAAGACGAAAGAGGGCUCGAAGAAGGAUGUAGAGAAGAAGGAACCGCAGGCGAAAAAGGAAACGAAAAAGAAGGAAUCGAAGAAGGCUAAAUAAAUCUCCGAUCUCUCGCACACUAGUACCCGCCUGCUCCUCUGCCUCGUCAAUCUUCCUGCCUAUACCAGACGACCGACCUGGCUGAUGCUUCCAUCCAUGAAUCCGAGCGAAAGGAUACAUUAAUUUGGCGGCAGCUGCGGUUAACCGCUUUCCAGGCCAAUCCUUUAGUAGUAUUCCAACGAGCAGGAAAGUCACAAAUAGUAACGUUUGCACAAACAUCUUAAAGCACCUCCUUCUCUAGCAGGAGGAGUCAGCUGUAGGGGUACUGAUAAAAUAGUUAAGUUAACGGGACGAGCUACAUCAAACCAAUAGCUUUUUGCAAUCAAAUCUUAUCGAGCACCUUGAACGGACGGAAACGCUUUUUCGCUUUGUUUCACAGGACUGAAAAGAAUCGGGGGAACUGAAUUAGAUUCGUUUACUAAAUUACGAUAAUUUGUGUAGUUUUUUGUGGAACAAGGGAGUGAACAUUCGGAUUGAUUCCGAACGCAGCGACAUCAGCAUUAGGACAAGAGCAUUACAGGUCACACCGCGGAGAUGCAUUGGAUUUAGAAGGGUUGGUGCACGCGACCAUAGUAAAUUUUGAUAAACGAGCGUGAACCGUGUGAAGGCACUGCCGCCGCGUGGUUAUUCGGAUUGGGCAACUACGGGGAAAAUUUAUGAGAGUAGAGCAAAGACAGUGAAGUAUUUUAAUCUCCGAAGAAUGCUUUACAAAUAAACUGAAUGUUCGUACGUUGUGAACGGAACAAAAGAUAA